CCUUGGAAACCACGCGCAAACUGGGGAUUGCUAAUACACAUGUAAACACAGCUAGCAUUAAAACAGAUAAAGGAACAUGAUAAAAUGCCAACUUGCUGGCUUAUUAGCGAAGAGAGUUCACAUAAACCAAUUCAGCUCCAUCAUUUACAGGCGGUUGUCGUUGGGCGAGGCCCCGAAACGACCAUUAAAGACAAGAAAUGCUCUCGGCAGCAAGUUGAACUGAAAGCUGAAUGCAACAAAGGUUAUGUCAAAGUUAAACAGCUGGGCUUAAACCCCACCUCUGUAAACUCUGUGGUGGUAGGAAAAGGCAAUGAGGUCAGAAUAAAGCCUGGAGAGACGCUUCAUAUUGUCAAUCAGCUUUAUCCAUACACCAUCCAGUUCAAAGAGGAUCUCACUGGCCACCAGAGCAGCACCAAAAGACCAAUAGUGCAAACAUCGGAAGACGGCGAGAGCCAGGGAAGUGCUCAGACUCCGAAAGCUGCAAAACAGAACAGAAAUGACUCACCAUCAGCCAGUCAUGGAGAACACAACACUAGAAAUGAGAGUGUGGGACAUUGGAGCCAAGGUCUAAAGACUUCAAUGCAAGAUCCUCAGAUGCAGGUUUACAAGGAUGAUAAAGUUGUGGUAAUUAAAGACAAAUAUCCCAAAGCUCGCUACCAUUGGUUAGUCCUUCCAUGGCAGUCGAUUCCCAGCCUAAAGGCUUUAAGUGGAGAGCACUGUGUUCUUCUCAAGCACAUGCAGCAGGUGGCUGACAGCAUGAUCCAGCAAUGUCCGGAUUCCAGCUCGUUGCGGUUCCGCACAGGUUAUCACGCUAUCCCAAGUAUGAGUCAAGUUCACCUCCAUGUGAUCAGCCAGGACUUUGACUCUCCUUGUUUAAAGAACAAGAAGCACUGGAACUCCUUUACAACAGAGUACUUUAUUGAUUCCCAUGAUGUGAUUCAGAUGCUUGAAACAAGUGGAAAAGUGUUGGUUAAAGAUGGCACCAGUGAGUUGCUGAAACUACCUCUAUGCUGCCAUGUGUGUCGCAAGGAGUUGCCCACAAUACCUUCCCUGAAGGAACACUUAAAAUCCCACUUUCCCAGACAGUAAUGUGACCUCAAACAUAAAAGUAAAACAUGUUUACAGGGUUUGUUGCCUGUUAUAUAUAUA